CGCGCGCUCUCUCUUUCUCUCUCUCUCUCUCUCUCUUUUUCUCUCUGUCUCGUCGUCGUUAGAGCGAGAGUGUACGCGAGAAACGCGACGACGACGACGACGACGACGACGACGAGGACGACGACGACGACGACGACGACGACGGCAACGACGACACCGACGACACCGACGACGACGACAACGACGACGACGACGACCACGGCUGGUGUGCUGGCACUGUUAGCGUGCAAGAAGUCAGUCCCACGCGCCCGCAGCGCCGCCGCCAGUCGAGCUCCAGGAGUUGUCAGUGCUAGACCGACAGAGCCAAUUUGUCGGGAAGAGAGAGAGAGGCCCUGUCAGCUCGCCGCGAAUCAUCGUCUCUCUCUCUCUCUCUCGGCUGUUGUUUUUGUUUCGCCGUUGUUUUUGCCAUCGUGCGUAGUCACGCAGCAGCCAGCCAGUCCGCAAAUCCGCCGCACCUUGUAGUAGUGCUCGUGCCCUCUCUGCAGUCGUGGGGGUGGGGCUAACGCACUCCCUCUCUCUCUCUUUCUCUCUCUUGACUGCUGCUUAUUGUGUGUCGGCGUGCGACGAUCGACGAGCAUUGUUUUUUUUUUAUUUUGUCGUCCCACGCCCGGUGUGCUAUCGUUCGGAUUGCCGUGACGAGGAUAUGCGCUGAGUGACGAGAGGUCGAAGAAACGACGAAACAGGGACGCGGAAGAGAGCUUCUUUUUGGCGCUCUGGCCCCGCGCUCUCGGCAAAACAACACGAGCAUGAUUAUGGCCUCGUCACCAUCAUGCCGUAGUAAAGCUGCUCGAUGCGCACAGCGGCUGGCGACGAUGUGACAAUAAAGUUACCUCCUGCAUCUCUGAUCUCGGGGAGCUCAGUCCGAAUCGUCCCAGCAUCAAUCCAGUGCUUCCCCUCCCGUACCACCCGCAGCCCCCAAAGUAGAAAAGAAACAAGAAAAAUCAGCAAGCAAACGAACAAAAAAGCAACUCGCGGACGAGGGAGAGAGAAAGAGAGGAACCGCAGUGCCAAAGGUCGAAAGAGCCAAGCCAAAGCAAACAAGAUAUACUGAGAGAGACUGAGUCGCGGCCAAAAAAACGCAGACUGAAUAAAGAAGAAAACAAGGCUUCCAAAAUCCAAAACAAGUAUCUAGGAGGUAAAAAAGUCAUAGUAAAAAGAUGGGUAACAAACUGUCGUGCAGUUGCGCGCCGUUGAUCAAGAAAGGAUACAGGUACGAGGACUCGCCGUGGCAGCAGAACAAUCGAGGUCGUAUGAGCGGCGUUGCUCAGGGCGAGCGCAGAGGUGACACCGGCCACUUGCUCAGGUGCGGAAGCUUAAGAGAGAGAAAGAGGUUGUGGGCGGAGGUGUUUCACGUGACAAGCGGUGCCGGCAGCGUGAAAUGGCAGCAGGUCUCGGAGGAUCUGGUGCCGGUUAACAUCACCUGCAUCCAGGAGACGCCCGAGACCAUAUUCCAUAUCACAGCGUACAACUGCCAGGUCGACAGGAUCCUCGACGUGCGACUCGUGCAGCCCGGAACCCGAAUCGGUCAAGCGUCAGAAUGCUUUGUCUACUGGAAGGACACGAUGACAAACGACACUUGGGGACUAAAUUUCACUUGUGCGAUCGAUGCCAAGCAAUUCCGAGAAUGUGUUUCUGCGGCCCGUUACCGGAACACGAGUCAGUCGCCGUCGUUCAAGAUGUCACGCAAGGCCUCGUCGUCGUACUCGCUGCGUCUGGAUCCGCUGAGCAAACAGCAGCAGCAGUUGGCGGCAGCAGCGGCGGCGGCAGCGGCGGCGGCGUCGCACUCCCAAGGGGGUGGCAGCGCCAAGGCGAAGACCCGCCGGAAGCCGCUGUCGACGCCAGCGUCGCCGAGCCGCGGGGCGGGCCGCGAGCCCCAGUGCACCUGCAUGACGCCCGAGCAGUUCAACCGACUGCGCCAGGAUCCAAGAUUCAGGACCAACACUUGCGCCUCGACGCUACCACGAAGCACAUCACGAUCGGCAGACGCAGAGAUGACCGGACGCGAGAAGAUAGCGACGGCAACGUCGAGUGCCUCGCUCUACGACGACGUGAACAAUCAGCCGGGCGGCGCGACGCCUGGUCCAAAAAUUCUCAAAAGCGGCGACUCGAUCAAGCGAAAGGACACGCAACAGCAGAACGAGACGUGCCAAACGAAUCCUAAAACCGCCAACGUGGGUAUUGGUACGGCGAACGUUGGCUCGCAGAUCGAGAUGCCAGAGGACAAAGCCACAGGACCAUCGCCGAAAAAACCCAAACAAGAGAGUUCGAUGCAUCAAAACGGCCCUGGCGACUUGAAGUCCGAAGGCACCCAAGCCGGUGGUAGCCUAGCGAGCAGGUACCACCACCGCAAAGACGGUCUUCACCACACCAAAUCAGCGGACUACACAGAGCUGGAUAUGCAGCACCACAUGUUCAACAUCAUGAACAACAAUCACGGCCAGCGCCGUAGCAAGAGCAAGAGCACUGACGACAUGCGCAUAGAGAAUCAAGCCCAUCGCCAAGUGAACGUGCACCAACAGCAAAUGGGCCUCGAUCAGCACACCCUCAAACGCAUGCUCAAGCCCGUAUCGAGUAUCGACAGUCCUGUAACCUCGCCCGAGAUGACUCGCAAGCGGCAUAACGGCCACCACGGCUAUCACUAUCACCCGAACAACAACAAUCAGCGAUACGUCAUGUCCGAGGCGGAAAACGACAAUUACGUGCACGCCGUUGCCUACAGGCAGCCCUACAACAACAAGUUCCAAAGCUCCAGGAGCGUCCACGAGAUGGACCGACAGUAUUCUGCUCACGUGCAAGCGAGCGGCAAAGCCUCGUCGGGGAAAAAGUCGAGUCGAGGCGGAUUAGCCGAUGCGGCGUCGGCGUCGGCGUCGGCGAAGAGUAAGCACCAGCUUGCAGGAGAGCAGAGGUCGCAGCAGGCUGCCAGCAGCCGCGCGGCUCCCCAUGCCUCAGCCUCCACCUCAGCGCCAAGCACGACCACCAAUCCUCCUACUCGCACAAGCACCACCUACUCAGAUACGCGCCUGCACGUGCCUGCCGCCGCUGCAAACUGCGCGUCUUAUGUGACGCCCGCUAGUGGACGAGCACGCAUGUACUUAGACUUGGAACGCGAUCGUUGCACUGCAGGUGACAUGUCGCCGCCCUCGGACAACGUCAUCUUCGACAACCAGUGCUACGCCACCACGCCCAGCUCCUCCAACGGCAACUCCGACAUGGAGCAGCCGCAGCCUCAUUGCCAGACUCGCAGGUGCAACGGCCAGCCGCAGUCCUAUCCCGCGCACCAGCCCCACCCGUCUCAGCAGCAGCAGCAGCAAGCGGCUGGCCCGCACUCGGUCUCCACUCCCGGCAGCCCCACCAGUCGGCUGCUGCUCGAGUACGAGAUGCACCUCAGGAACACCCUGGCCAAGGGCAUGGACGCCGAGAGCUACAGUUUGCACACUUUCGAGGCGCUCCUCUCGCAGAGCAUGGAGAAUCUCGGAUCCAAUGCCAGCAAAUCGUCGACUUUACCGCAAUCUUACCGUUACAUCAACGAAAGACAGAACAGCAAAGACAGCAGAGACGGCUACUACAGUGAUCGGAACGACCUAAUGCGCGAGAGAAGAGAUCGCGAGCUUGAUCGUGAUCGGGGCUACCUGAGCGAUUACAAUUACAAUUCGAGAUGCGCAAGCUGCAUCGGCGAGUCGGCGCGAGCACAAUGGUUCCGUCACUCCGACGGCUGGCAAUCGGGCAGCUCGACAUUCGGCUCAGCGGCAUCGAGUUCGGUGCCCGGCUAUAGCGGCAUGCACAAGCGCGACUCGCCCUGGGACUCGCUGCCCUCGCUACGUCACGAGGGCAGUCUCAACGAUAGCGGCUACAAGUCCAACAGGACUGACUCCUUCGAUCACCGGGGCACAUUCGAUCGCCAAGACAGCGUGAGAUCGGAUUACAUGUCGGACCGCGAGAGCAGAUAUGGAAUCGUCCAGCAAGCGUCCCUCGAAAGCACCGACUCGAGACUCUGCUAUUUGACGUCCUCCGAGAUGUCCGAUGACGAUCGAAUGUCAUUAACGACGGCAGUUAGCGAUGACGACGACGGUGAAAGCGUGAUGAACUCGCCCCACAAAGGAAAACAAACUGGCACGGCAGCAGCAUCCUUCAACUGCACUGGUGCAGUGCGCAAAGCAGGGUUUCUCAGCGUGAAGAAGUGGCUGCUACGUAAGAAGCAUCAAAUCGAGUUGGCGCGCAAACGCGGCUGGAAGGGCUAUUGGGUUUGCCUCAAGGGUACAACGCUGCUGUUUUAUCCCUGCGAGUCGCAAGAGAGUCGCGCGGUCGAGACGGCGCCCAAGCAUCUGAUCAUCGUCGAUGGUGCCAUCAUGCAGCCGAUACCCGAGCAUCCGAAACGCGACUACAUAUUCUGCCUGAGUACUGCUUUCGGCGACGCAUAUCUCUUCCAAGCUCCGUGUCAAGUGGAGCUGGAGAACUGGGUGAACAGCAUACACUCGGCUUGCGCGGCAGCGUUCGCACGGCACCGCGGCAAGACCGGCACGCUACACCUUCUGCAGGAGGAGAUAUUCCGUCUGGACAAGGCCAUCGAAUCGGACAACAAGAUGAGGCACAUGGCGGAUCUGCAGCAGUCGGUGGUGUCGGACAUCGACACCAAGCAGCAGAUCAACAAUCAAAUUGUCCAGUACGAGGAGAAUCUCGAGCGACUGCAUUGCGAGCAGUUCCGGCUCAGGUGCUACAUGGCAAGCUUGCAGAGCGGUGAGCUGCCUAAUCCGAAGAGUCUUCUGACCCACGUUUCACGAGCAACGAAGCAGACGCUCAAUCGACUUGGCGUGUUCACCGUGUCGUCGUUCCACGCGUUCAUCUGCGCGCGCAGCCCGUCCCUGCUGAACAAUCUGCUCGCCGGUCGAGGUGCCACCAAACGACGACCGUUGCUGCUUUCCAGAUCCAAUAGCGGCUCGAGUCGACGCUCACUGCAGAUCUCGAGGGACGAGGACAAGACCGUCAAAGUCAUCGUACCUGAGAAUCAGAUCGUGUCGGUUUUCCUGCGAGAUGGGAUGACUGUCGAGGAGUUCCUUGCCAGCGCCUGCAGCAGAAAAGGUUUGAACGCGAUGGAGCACUUUGUGCGUGUGAAGAAGCGACGCGACAUGGAGGAUCACAAUUACUUUGUGCCGCACAGAACCGACUUGAUUGAAACAUACCUGCACACGCACGAAGUGGUCGAGGUGUGCGCGAAAAUUCUGUAUCAAGCGGAGCUCCAACGAAAUCUGCUCGACCAGAUGUGGGGAUUCUCGGUGGAGGCCGAGCUCAUUGAAAACGCCGACCGACAGGACGAGCUUUGCUGUUACGUUAGCCGCGUCGAGGAUAAGAGCGUGGCCAUGCAUAACGGUAUAAUCAAGGGCGACGAGAUCAUGGUACUAAACGGGGCAAUAGUUAGCGAUUUGGACAUGAUGUACCUUGAGAGCGUUCUGCAAGAGGAGCAAGCCUUGUGCAUGAUGAUGCGUUCGUCGCGCACCGAGCCACCGGAUCUCAGUGGCAACAUCAGGGUCACCGAUGACAUCGAGAGUCUCGUAUGUCCACCACCUCCCAUAGAUCCACCUGUGAUCAGCGAGGAAAUGAUCUCCGGACUAAUUGUCCCAGCACCUGGAUGGUGCAAAGAAGCGACUGCAGACUCACUAGGCCACAUGGAGAGCAAGCAAGGAUCGCGUACGAACUCUUUCGAGAUCGAGAACCUACUGAAGACGGCGGAACAGGUGACGGGAAUAUGCCGCUCGCCAGGUGAGACGCGAAAGUCCAGUCCGACCGGAAGCGUGCUGAGCUCGCACUCGCAGAUGAUGACACCAAGUCGACAGCUGAGCGAUGCCGAGAAGCUGAAAAAGGUCAUCCUCGAGCUCGUCGAGACCGAGCGGACUUAUGUCAAGAAUUUGAAUAAUUUAUUGGAAAACUAUCUGGAACCUUUGAAGCGCGAGACAUUCUUGUCGAAUGCCGAGGUGAAUGCCCUGUUCGGCAACAUACAAGAAAUCGUAACGUUCCAACGGCAAUUUUUGCAAAAUCUCGAACAUGCAAUCGAAGUUGAACCAGAAUUCAAUAAGUUCGAACAUUCCAGUCAAUUUGAGAGUGUCCUGUUUUCCAUUGGAAGUGCCUUCUUAUGUUACGUAAACCACUUUAAGCUCUACAGCUCAUUCUGCGCUAGUCAUUCGAAGGCCCAAAAAGUCUUACACCCGAACGAAGGAAAUCAAGCGUUGCAAGAGUUCCUACAAGCGCGAAAUCCAAGACAGCAGCAUUCAUCGACUCUGGAGUCGUACUUGAUUAAACCUAUUCAGAGAAUAUUGAAGUAUCCGCUGCUGCUACAGCAAUUGCGAAACCUCACCGACGAGCGCAGCGCCGAACAUAAGCAUUUAGUCGAGGCGCUCAAAGGUAUGGAGAAAGUCGCCGAGCACAUUAACGAGAUGCAAAGAAUUCACGAGGAAUACGGAGCAAUAUUCGAUCAUCUAUUCCGACAGCAUCAAAAAUCUUGUAAACAGCCGAUCGACUUGAGCCCAGGUGAUCUACUUUAUUACGGAGGUGUCGAGUGGCUGAAUAUCUCCGAUUUCUUAGGAAAGAUCAAGAAGGGCUUGGAAUUACACGCAAUGUGCUUCGUCUUCAAAUCGGCUGUCGUGUUCCUUUGCAAGGAAAAGCUACGCCAGAAGAAGAAACUUAUGGGCGGCUCGUCGAAAGCAAAUCUGCAAAAGGGCAUGACGGGCGACGUGGAAAUAAUCCGCUAUCAAGUGCUGAUCCCGGUGACCGAGGUACAGGUACGCUCGAGCUCGGCCAAAGACAUGGAAUCUCACUUCCUCUGGGAGCUCAUCCAUCUGCGCAGCCAAUUGCAACGUCGCUCCGAGAAAGUCUACGUGCUGUCGAACAGCACCAACGAGUUCCGCAACUCAUUCCUCAAGACUAUCCGGCAGAUUAUCCGCGAGUCCGUGCGCAACAUGAGCAUCCCAUCCACGAGCCUUCGCACGUCGUGUAGAACGCAGGCGCUGGGUCACGGGGCAAUGACGAUUUCGCCGCGCAUGAUCACGAGCGACAGGUCGCAAAACGGAGGACCGGUGCCGGCGCUGACGCCGAUCCCGCCGAAUUUGCCGACCGGCACGUUGUCGAAGAAAGCGAUGAAGGGCCACGGCGCGACCAGUCUGCGACGCAAGUAUUCGCACUCGAAGCAACCCGUCGAUCGCGACAGUUCCGAGGACAAAGACGUCGAGGAGCAGCAGCACCACCAUCAGUAUGGACAACAGACGUUCCGCACCAGGAGCAAAACCAUCAGCGACAGCACAGGGGAGGUAAAGGUCGAAAUGGACUCCGGCACAAAGUCCGAGGGCGAGGAGGACUCGCAAGCGUACACGGGCGAGAAAAAGACGAAUCUGGGUCGCACGCCUAAUCACUUAACCUUGAGCACUACCUCAACGAUUUCCGCCGGCAGUACCGGAAGUCAAGCGAAACUCAUACAAUCCUCACAUCACCCAGAGCAUUAUCAGCCACCUGCUGUUAAAGAGCUUGGUUCACCAGUGUGGAAGCCACGAGAAUUGCCGUCGCUGGGCGAAGCGACGACGCUGCCGCGCAAGGGCAAGGCAUCGACCGGCGAGUUCGCGAACAUGAGCUCGAAGCACAGCACGUCGCGCAAAUCUCUCGCCGAGAUCAACGCCCACAACAAUCACGUCUAAGAUUUGGACUCGCCGCUGAGCACGGGAUUUCACAUAUGCAGGGCCUGCUACUGCUGCGAGCAGCAGCCGUACGCAUGCGGCACCAAUUAACCACUUAACUCGCGACCGAUCAAGGCCGUUCACCGGGCUCUCGUCGUUGAAGCAUGCCGGUUGCUGUCCGUGCUAAAUGGACGCCGAUCGACGGCUCCUCGCGCUGCGAACUCGGCAUUUCGAACUGAUCUACAAUUAUAGAAUAAUCGAUGAGAGGAAACAAGGUAAUUUUCGGAAACAACGACGACGACAACUAUGUGUACAAAUGUCACGACAAUGGCAAUACACCUGGAAAUGAUGGGUUCGCCCCGAGGAUUCGACGAUGACUUGCUCGAUGGGGGGCGUUGCCAAUGUUUUCGCUGUCUCUUUUUAUUGGCGAAAGCACGAAAUAACGCGACAAGUCACUCUUGUCCUCGCCCGAUAGACGACGACAAAAGCUUGAUUUUGUGACCUCGUUCAUUUUUCUCCGUCUUUUUCCUGCGUUAGAUCAUGCACACGGCUACACUCUUACGUUGAUCUUUCAUAACAAUUUUUUGUACCUUUUGUAUAAGAACACUUCCAUCGGUAUAACAAAGGCAGUGCCAAUUGAAGCUCGCAAGGGACUGAAAAAAUAAAUGGUUUUUUAUCAGCGCGCGUCGACCCUACAUGUCCUUCCCUUCAAUUUUUCUGAAAAUAAACACGACGCGCUUAUUUCAUCAUCUUCCUCGAAUCCUGAAUAUGCACGUUGGAAUCUCAAGCGUGACGAUAUACAAUCUUUACGGUGGUACCACAAGUCUCUUCGUCGGUCAUUUUAAGGAUUUUUAUACAGGGUGUAUUAUUAUGAAAAAGACGGAAGAGAUUUUCGCGCGCUCUAAACACGCUUCAAAGUAUACGAGUUUGCUUCGACUUUACUUUUUUUUCCUUGUUCGUACACGCGCUCGCGCGCGUGCGUCGAUUGUUCAUUCGAGUGUCGAUGAAAUUUAAGGAAUUGGAAGAAUUUUUGAUGAAAUUUUACGGAUUUUCUCAGGUAUUUUCUCAGCUCGCGCGCGUCAAAUCGAUUUCAGAGCCAAUGCAACACGAAAAUAUCGUCUUUGAACAGGAAUACGGCGAACGAAUUACUAAAAGCAAUAACUCUACCACCUAACGAUAAAAGAAUGCUCGUAAGAAUCGGAGUUGAUUAAUGAAUUCUUAUAUUAUCACGAAUGACAAGCAAAAAUAAUGAAUCAAAGCUGUAUCCAAAAGAAAAAAAAUAUCACAGUUGUGAGAUAUCUUAUACCAGCAUACAUUAAUUAGCGUAUUUACCGAAGCGCACUCGUAUAGAUAAAAAAAGGCAACAUCGAACGCCACAUGUUUAUCCGCAAAACUACGUUUAUACCUUUUACCGUAAUAAGAAAAAAAAAUGACUUUGACACUUAGUCACCCAAGUAUAUCAUUGUAUUUUUCCGGUAUCUUAAAGGGAAAUCUCGACUAGUUAUGGUAAGCACGACAUUAUAGAAAGGAAAUUCCGACGGCCACAGUAUGUGAGAGCCCCUUUAGCGCAGGCAGCAACACACAUUUACUCACAUAAAAGCAAAAAUGAAGAAAUAAUCAAUUCUGUAAAUAAUGUAAUAACAGUAAUGAAUUUCAAUGCACUUGAAAACUUGGAAGUGGUUGAAUGCGGAGUCUAGCAUUCACACGCGCGCACGCACGCACACACACACACACACGCACACGCGUGCGCACGUACACACACACACACACACACACACGCACAUACACGCAGGCACACAUACACGCAAAGGAGUUAAACGACGACGAGUAAGAAACGAGUAAGAUAUUAUAUUCUAUAUUACAAAGAUAAGUACGUAAUGUUAGCGAUUAAAAUCAAUUAAAAGAAACCAAACAAAUGCCCUUUCGUGCGCGCUUACUGCUCGUUGUUAAGUAACGUUGCGCGCGCGCGAGAGCAGUCCGAAGAGAGCGCACUCGGACGCCGUGGAAACUGAGGCAGCCGCGCGAAGGUAUUCUCCAAGCGCCGUAACACGCGCGAUUCGGCGCCGCGAGCCCUCGUCGCGAGAACGAUCGGACCGACCGAGCGCCAGUGCUCGAGAUCGAGAGGCCGAUAAAGAGUGACAGGGGAGAAAACAAACGAAACAAACAAAUAAAUGAACGCACGGAAUUUUAUUUUUAACAUUGCUUAUUGCGUAACAACGAUCCGAGACACUUGCCCUCGCGUCCGGGUCAGAUGACGAGUGAUCGCGAUCGAUGCGCGCGCGCGCGCGCCGGGCGCAAUGAAACGAUGCCGCGCACUGCGCAAAACUUGAAUCUAGUCAAAUGCGAAUGAAUGUAGUUAUGUGUGCGCGCGCGCAUGAAAGACCGGAGUGAAUGGAUUAUAAAGAAUCGCGUAACGGCGAGCCAAAUAUAGAAACAAAGUCUACUAAUGCGCUGCGGAGAGGCUGAUAUUAUACAUAUAAAAAAUAAUUCGAUAUUAUUAUGCUGAAAAAAAUACAUUGUUAAUGGAUAAUUAAUCGUUAUGGGGAAAACAAAAUAACGACGAUAAGACAAGGAGUUAUAAAAGAAAAUUUGUGUACAUUAGACGAGAGAAAGUAUCCAAAUAGAUUGAUGAUUAUCUACAACCAAAAAUAUAUUAUAUAUAAUUAUACAUAUAUAAAUAUAAAUAAUUAAAAGAAAACAAAAUAUAUAUAUACAUACUUAAAGUAACGUUGUUAUAAUUAGCGUUUUACGUACGGCAUUCUAUAAAGUCACACGAUAACAAAUCUAUAUCGAAUUGAUCGCAUCGAGUUUGCUUGAAAUAUAAAACACGCGCAAUUUUUGAAUAUCAAAUGACUUGUUUCAAUUUAUUAUUUUUCAACUUUUAACGUGAGAAGGGUUUGUCGAAUAGUUGGUUCAUUUUAUUUUUAUAUAAUUGGACGUAGAAUAUCGUAAGUAGAUCAAUAUUGCUGUGUGGCAUCGUCUGUUACGUCAGUUAUCUCAAUAAUGAAAGUAUUGAAAUAACUGACGUUUGUUUGCUGGUAGAUUUUUUAUGUUGUAUAUAAAGUAACGAUGUAAAUGGAUAAAAUAUUUUCAGUAAAAUUAAAAAUUAUACUUCUAAAUAGCUUUACUUAGAAACAAACUUGAAGUAUAUAUAAUAUUAUAUAGUCGUUUAGUAUAGCUGUUAUAUGUACGUUACUAUGUUGAAGUUUUCGUGGCAUUAAAAAAAGAUUGAUUCCGAUUCGACAGAACGUUUGUCUCACGAAUAAUUUGGUAACAAACAUGAAUUUGUCACGACAAUCACGAAUGAAUUUUGGUCGGAAGUAGUAAGAGAUGUAGAAUGCGAAAGACGUAGUUUGAAAAAAAAAUCAAUAAAAUGAAAGGUUGAAUACCGUCGUCGAUCAUUUUUACGAGCUACUCGAGCUUUAUUUUCAAGCAGUCGAUGCGAUGAAAACCGUCAUAAACAACAAUUCCAUGUCCAAACGAACUGAACGAAAAAAAAAAAAAAUUGCAAAAUGAUGAAAAAUCAACCUUAAAUGCCGUGCGUAAUGAGAAAAAAUGCAGGAAACAAAUUAGCGAGUCUUGUGAGGUUUGUAGAAGUACAGCGAGCAUCGAAAGACACAAAAAAGUGGGAAAAAAGUUAUAUAAGGAUACAUCACUCUAAGCAACCUUGAAAAAAGAUCUUAAUUGACGCAGUAUUAUUAAUGAUUACCAAUUAAUAUUUAAGAUAUAUAGAACAAAAAGGACCUGCUUCUUUGAGUAACGUUCAGUAGCGUAUGUGUUGAAAAAAAUGCUCAGGUGAAAACAUGUCAUAAGGGCAUAGACGAAGCAGCUAUAAUGACAAAAAAUUUACUAUCUUAUUAUUGUAAAAAUACAAUAGUUAUAGGUGAACGAACCGUUAUACGAGUGUCUAUUUAAACAUACUUUUAUCAUCGUUGCAUCAAUUAAGAAAUAGUUUAUAUCAAGUAAAAUACAAUACAUAAAUAGUACAGAUUUUGUCAUGAACGCUGCGUCAUCGCUCUAUGACACCGCAACGAAAUAUUAUGCACACACUAUAACGAAACACCGAAUAUAUUUCUCAAUUAUAUUUCACUCUUGUAUCUUCCUUUCAUCACCGAUACUAUACGUUGCAUAAUUAUAAUUUUGAAGAGAAGAAAAAAAUGUUUAAUUAAAGAUGUGUUAUAUAUUGAAAAAUUUUAAUCGAUACUAUUUUAUCUUGAGAAUAAAGUGAAUAUUAAUAAAGUAUUAUUCGAUAUUUUAAGCUAAAAAGAUAUGAAGAAAAAUUUAUUGUGUACUCUCAGAAAACAAAUAAUAAUAAUUAAAAUUUAUUAUAAAAAGCUGCCGUAUUACCAAAGAGAGAGAUAUCUAUCGAUAUGUCUAUAAUGGCUGAGUGAUAAUGCAUACAGAGUUAUAUUUAUUUUAUUGAAUAACAUACACUAUCAAUUAAAUUAUAUUGAACAGAUAUGGUAACAAACUUCUUGGAGCUGUGCUAAAAGAAAUGAAAAAUAAUCCUUACGUUGAAACAUAAAUAAUAUGAUACGAGUGUUCUGAUUUCGAUGUAAUAACAGGACAAAACUGGCUCGAGCUCGCGGGUGCUUUUCAAAUGUUAACAAGCUCCACGCGCGUCAGGAAUCGACUAUUAAUUCACGUCGCGAGAGAGAACUCUAAAAAUACUUAAACGAAAAAAAAAAAAUGAUAAAAAUAUAAUAAAAUAAAAAAUAAAAUAAACGCUCCACUUUUCGAAAGCCUGUCAAAUGUACUCGCACGAAUAAAGCGCGCAUCGUUCGUCGUCGAACGAUAAAUGGAACGGAGAACGAAGGAAGAGGCACGUAACGGCAGCUUGACAGGAUUCGAGCGGGGAUUACGUGUAACGUAUGCGUGCGCAUGAAAGAGGCAACAGUUACGAGUGUAAGGUUCGUUAGUGGUUAUUAUUAACAAAGUGAAGCGAUUUACGUAAGGAAAUUUAAACAAAAUAAAUAAAAUAAAUUCUUAACUAGAUGUGACAAGUACGCGAGAGAGAUCGGAGUGAAAGCGUGAUGCGAAGUGGUCUUGGUGUUAAAAACAAGCAAGUAUACUUAAAUACCUAAUUAAAGUCAUCCGGUUAUCACUUGACAGCGAAACGUUAGCAUUCACACACUCACCUAUUAUCUUAAACGAGGUAUCAAAGGGUAGAGGGAGGGGGGAUCGAUAAACAAUGCAAGUAACUUAUAAAUGAAAUUGAAAGACCUUACGUUGCUCGAACUUACUUAUUGCAUUUGUCUGUCUGUAUAAAUUUUAUUGCAUAAAUUCUGUGCAGUGUCUACGAACCUUGGAACUUGCGACAACUCUUUGGCCCUUGUGCACCUUACAAAUAGCUCUGCGAUGCUCGCUUCCAAUGAAUUAUCCAAAUGAACAAGGACGAGGAAGCCUCGCGAGUACCAAAGGUAACGGAGCACCAGCAAAAUAGUUGGCCUAGUAAACUGAAGUUUCAUGUUUUCCUUGCCCACCCAAAGUUGUAUAAGCGAUUUAUUAAAUUAUAUCGACGUCGAAUUAUGGACAUUCUUCGAUAGAAAACAAAGCAAAAGUUUUAUUGAAUAACGACGAUAAGUAAUAUUAAAUAAAAAAUAAUAAUAAUAAUAAUAAAACCAAAGUCUUUAUCGCUAACCGUUGAGAGAAAGCAAGAGAAUUAAGCGUUACGUUAAGUGACGCGAGAGAUAAGAAGCGAGCGAGUAAAGACGAUAGCAAGACAAUGGGGUGAAUAUAAACGUAAAUAAAUAGCUAACAAAGAAAGAGUGAGCGGAGAGAGCUGUGGACGAUUCUACUGCGUCGGAUAAAUAAAUUGUUUAAUCGUUCAGUUAUUUGUAAUGCGCGUGCGCUCACACAAUUGCGAGAGAACAAGUGAAUAGGACUUUAUAAUAAAUUGGCCUGCAUUAAUGCGAAUGGGGGAAAAAAUAACAAACAAAUGAAAAAAAAAACCAAAAAAAAAAAGAAAAACAAUGCAAAUUGGCGAAGACAGGGUUACCGGGAUGAAGAUACGUAAAUUGCGCGAAAAUAGUGGACGAUGUGCAAUUUCCGAUAUGCGGCGAGCGUAACGAGUCUUUCUGAUAUAGAGUCUCUUCCUUUCUUGAUUUUUCCAUUUCGUGAAAAAGCUCUUUCAGUGUGAGUAAGGGGAAUAAUGAGGUUUUGCGGAUAUCGGCAAAAACCGAAAUGAAUCCUAUAUAAUAUAAUUCACGAUUAUAAAUAAAUAUUAUAUACAUACAUGAGGAGAAAAAACAAACGAGCAGAGAAGCGAAUGUAAUUUUUUGCGUUUUUUCAUUACGUAUUAUAAAAAGAAAGAAUAAAAUGAAUCUCAGUAGUCUAAACUCUACCGAGUCUGUCUUAAUAAUUAUUGAUUAAUUAUUGUAAACGAUCAUUAAGCUGUAUUAAUUGUUAUCGCUCCUCGGUUAGAUGGAGAUGUCUGAGUGGGAGAUCCAUUUGUACAAUCAUUGCGUCAUUAAAAUAUGAUUAUUAAUUAUUGCGA